AUGCAUCAUGAGAAGGUAUGCUGCCAUUUUUCUGUUGAUGUGCUGCCAUUGAUUUUUGUCGGUGCGAAAAACGACAAAGACUAUCUCAACGUCCAGGUGUUCAUGGAGGAUGGCCUUGAACAUGGCUGCUCAUUAACCCGAGGAGACCAGCUGCUAAUUGCUCUGCUCAUAGGCGGUGACUAUGAUGCUGGUGUGCCUGGCUGUGGUAUUGAAAUCAUGCACAAGGUGGCGCUGCACAGUAAAAUCGGCCAGAUGUUGCUCGAUGCAUUCCUCUCCAUGACACCAGAUGAAUUCUCUGAGUGGGCUAAGGAGCUCAUUGAGGAUCUCCAUACCCUACUUUCUACUAAUUCUUACAAUUCGCUUGAGCGCAGGUACAAGGCAGUUGCAGAACACAUUCCUCAAGGUUUUCCUCAGCAUGCAGUAGUCAGCAAGUAUGUUCACACUUUCACAUCUUUUUUGGCCGGUGCAGCUGCAUUGCCCUGGGACAUCUCAUUCUAUCAACCAGAUCUUGUGAAUCUUGCAGACUUUUGCCGUCAGCAUUUGAGCUGGGAGGAUGAUGCAAUCGUUGAGAAGAUGUAUGGGGGUAUAUGGGAGGGUGCCUAUCUGCAUGCCUUAUGCAAGUUGCCAAAGUGCUCAGCAGACCAGGCAGACCUUCGACAGACAUUCAAAAUCAUUUCUCCGUCGACACUUAUGGCUUUGAGGCACGACAUUGAAGUUUACAGCAUUAAGGUUGACUGUCGGUGCUUGGGGCGCAAUACUCUGGGAAACGCUACUCCUGGCCAGUUGUCUGCCUUGUAUAUGCAUGUUCCAAAGGUGAUACUCUCGCACAUCGCACCAGAAGUGGUAUAG